AUGGAUUAUGUAGUUACGAUGUCUUCGUGUUUCUUUCUUCAAAACUUGAAUGUCAGAUUCCAGACGUUAAACGAUUUUUGGAAAUGUCUUCCUGCUGACUUAGUUCCCAUCCCCGGCCAAUGGACACACAUCGAAAUAGUAGAUUUGAUGGAGAACACGAGGCUGUUGCACUCCGAACUAUGCGAACUGUUAAAAAUGUUAAGUCUUAGUUAUGGUCCAUUACUUUUGGGUUUCUUCACGUCCAGCUAUAUCGGUUUGCUUAUCAGUGUUUAUUAUAUUGUUAAUAAGGAAACAUUCUUCAGCCAAUCCUCAAAUUCUUGGGAACAUAUAUUACCACUGAUUAUCCACUUACAAAUUCUAAUGUUUUUGAUGUCCAUUAUCGUUUUUGUUUCAUUCAUAAAUGAGAAGAGACUGCAGAUGAUAUCAUAUCUACGGUUAUACCGUAUUUCAAAUUUACACUUCGACAAAAAACGACAGAUCAAAAUGUUUAUGAAUCAAAUAUCUGUAUGUGAUUCAGACCAAAUUUCGGCAUUUGGAUUUUUCAAUAUAAAUUUAAAUCUUGUCACAACAAUACUCGUAUUGUUGAUUAGUGGAAUAAUCACAUUGAUACAGAUGAAAGAUCAUCCAAUGAUGUUGAAAUUCAACAAUGACACCAAAUCCUUCUUUCUAAAAAUAUAUACCACAAAAUACGAUUAA